GUUCUAGCAUCUGUCCAGGGCGGCAGCCUGAGAGCCAUGGAGCCGCUGGGUGCAGCACUGUCCUGCCCAUGUGCACAGAGCUGAUUACGUCAUCUGCACUGCUGCUCUCCUGCUCCCAUAACUUCUGCAAACAGUGCCUGGAGCUGAUCUUGGUUUGCCAGAAUUGCACCCAGGUCCAGGGACGGUUCUGUUGUCCAGUGUGUAGGAAAGACAUUUAUUUGAAGGGCAAGAGAACAAAUGGAUUGCAGGGAAACAUCCUGGCUGAAAAUAUCCUGGAAAAGCUUAAGGAAGUACUUGAGACACUUCACACCGGGGAACAAAACCAGCUCACUCAGAUGUGUGAAAAGCGUGGAGAAAUCAUGAAUCUGAUGUGCCUAAGUGAUGAAAAGCCAAUAUGCAGGAUAUUCAAGCUCUCUGGGGACCACAGUUCUCACCAGGUAGCCAAGAUUGCUGAUGUGUACACAGAGAGGAAAGCUGGCUUUGCUGAGAACAUUCAGCAGGUGCUGCAGAGAUCUGAGAGCACAGCCCAGGAAACGGAGGACACAGCGAGGCUCAUCAGACCUGUCCACCAGCACCACCAGCACAAGGACCAUGAUCAAAACCAUUGGAAACUGCCUGAUCAGCAGCAUCCACAGCCGCAGCCUGGAGGAGGAGGAGCUGGAGCUAGAGCAUGCCUCCGAGUUGGAGAGGCUGCAGUGGGUGGCCCGGGACCUCGCAACCCCCCGCCAGCUCUGCCACCAGAUACUGAGGCUCCUGCAGCAGCACCGGAAUGCAAUACAGUUUCUGCAGGAAAAGACAAAAAGCUCAGGACACAGAUGAAGAGGUUCAUGCACGAUGGCAUGGUCCCCCAGGUCCCUGAAAAGGACAACGUGUCUAUCAGGCACUAUUUUCAAGAGCUCAUUAAAGGAAUAGAUAUUGCUGGCUUGGUCCUGCCUGAGUUAGCCCAGGCGCUGGCCACCGUGGCCAGGCUGCCCGAGGCCUGCAGGACGGGCAGGGCCACGCAGAGCGAACUGUUGGAACAAACGCUCCAGGAGAUUUUAUGCAAGUCAGAGUUGGGCUUGCUGCCAAAACCGAACAAAGAGGCAAAGCUUCCUGGGGACCCAUGUUAUUCCUCCUCCAUUUCCUUCACUGGUGUGUUCUCCACACAAGGAAGUGGGCUUAAGUCUAGAGAAUCAACAGCGUAA